UGGAAGGACAAAGGCCCAAAUGGUUUUCGCCGCCAACACAGAGCAGGCAAGCAAGCGACCAAGGAAAUUAGAAAGCAAAAUAUUCGGGACCGUCCCUACCACCGUAUAUCCCCAUUGCUUUAGGAAUUUAAACUUGUUUGGAAUUACUCUUUGCUCGUAAAAUCUCUAUCAAAAUAAAGUUUUUGGUUUUCACUCAAUUUGAAGAAUUCCUUGGCAAGAUUCAGAGCAUUGUCAAUACUCCGCUUAAUUCUUCUCUCGAGAUUUGCAAUUCGUUUAGAAUUAGGAUCAUUGGAAGUAUGAGACUAAGGAAGGGGGAUCGAGUUGAGGUGUUGAGCCAGAAGGAGGUUUCGAGUGGUUCAUGGAGUUGUGCUGAAAUUAUUUCUGGUAAUGGCCGUUCUUAUAGCGUGAGAUUUUUAUCUUCGGUGGAAGCAGUGGAGAGGGUACCGAGGAGAGCGAUUAGGCCCUGUCCUCCUCCUGUCGCAGGGUCAAAUGUUUGGGCUGCUGGAGAUCUAGCUGAAGCCUUCCACAAUUCCUCGUGGAAGCAAGCAAAAAUUAUGAAGAUCGUUAGUGUUCAUUGCUAUAUAGUAAGACUACUCGGAUCACCAUUAGACGUAUUGGUUGGGCAAUCUAACCUGAGAAUGCGACAGGCUUGGCAUGAUGGCCGGUGGUUUCUCCUAGGGAAGGCCAUCGGAGGCUCGGGUUCGUUGUCUAGAAAUAAGCAGACAAAGACAAACAUGGUGAAAAGCAAGGAUCAACAGCUGGUGGUGACGUUUCCUGGACGUCGAAAGAGGCCAUUGCCUAGUCAAUCCAUAAGUCACAAUUUAUCUGUCCAGACAAAGAAAGUCACUGAGAAAGAUGUUAGGUGUUUGCCUUCAUCUUGGAUAAAGGAUGAUAUGAACUUAACACAAGAGCUGAACACAAUUAGAUUGAGCUCUACCUUUCGUACUGAAAAUGUCGAAGUCACUACAGGCAGUGCUGGUUUGAGGGAGGGCAACCUUAUUCCAGUAACCUCAACCCACAGUCAGGCAGAUAGUUGUGCAUCUUCUGUUGGCAGCAAUAGGUCCACUGAUGAAUUUUUCAAGGACCCAUUUGUUUCUGUAGCUCGUUGUAGUAAAGAUGUUGAAGAUGUGGAUUGUCAUAGUGACGCCGAAUCAGCUACAGGAAGGGGACAUGGGGAAGAAGAUUCAUGCUCCUAUAAGGAAGUAUUAGCUAGAUUCCACAGCCUAUGGCACUUCAGUUGAGGAAAAUAUGGGUACUUUCCCUUGUUAUGACAUGGAAUAUUUUGGAGGCUUUGGGGGGUUUCUGCAGCGUUUCAAAACGGUAAUGGAUUAUACUUGGCUCCUUUUCUACAGCAAGCCAUUUGAUAAGUAAUCUCUUGCUUUUUUAUGCUUUCUUGAUGUCUAAUUUAAUCUAUGUUUGAUACCAGUAGAGCUGCAAGUUGAUAACUGAAAUAAAUUAACUUUGGAGAAGGGAAGAAAAAGAAACCCAGUAUUUACACAUUGUUCUGUAUUGUGUUGUAGAACUACAAUUAAAUACUGGUUAUAUCUAUACUGUGAUCAAUGCUGCUAUUCAUUUCGGUUUGAUUGAAGUAAAUUUUCUGUAUAUUCCAAUUGCCUUGGUGUUCUCUGACCUUCUCUUACUUUUGGUCUCAAGCAUUACAUUCAUCCAUAUUGUUGUACACUUGGUUUUGUUUUUCUCUCUUGAUAAUGUAGGUGAAACACAGUACAGGCCUGCUGUUGGGGUGGCUAAAGAUCUUUUCAGGGGGAGAGGGGCAAUGGCUGCAUUGCUCGUCUCUUGUCCCCAUCAAUCGUCGUAGCCUAUUUGGAUUGACUUUCUAAGUGCUUAAAAUCAUUUUUUUAAAAUGCCAAAAAAGUCGAUCCAAACCGGCCCUUUUAAGUGAUGUCUAUCAAAUAUCUAACAUUUUUGUUUGUGAACAGAGAUAGCUAUGAUCUUUCAUACUCUUUUGAUCAGUUGACAAAGGACCUGGGUAAGGAGAAGAAUAGUAGAUCUAAAUAGGCCAAAAUCGUCACGGCUAUUCGAUGUUGUUUAUGAAGCAGCUGUGCAACUCAAAAUGAAGAUUGAGCUUCAAAACUUUCACAUUGUUGCACGCAAGCUUCAAGCCGGUGUCAGCGGCUGAUGCUGGUAAAGGAUAGGAUUCCACCCUCGUGCUUUUUCUUAGGCAAAGUGCUUCCUUCUUCACCACUGCCUAUCAAUUUCAUAGGUACAAAAUCUCAUACUUCAAAUUUUGAAACUGUUGGAGUCUUAAAGACAUAAAAUAUGUUUUUU